AUGUCCUCAGAUAUCGGGGCUGAGAGGUCAGUCCAGGACUUAGAACACUCGGAAGACAUUCACGACCAAACACCUCCAGAAGGUAGUUCCGAUGGUGAGGGCGGGGAACGAACUGCGAGAGAAAAAUUGAAGAAAACCUCCAUUGCCGGCCUGGCACAAUCAUCCAAGAGUAAGUCUGGUGAGGCCGACACGACCACUGCGCACCCUUUGAGCGAAUCAACCAACGCAGAUGCUCUGCCAGAAAUGCAUACCGAAGAUGGAUUCCGAGGCCGACCAUCCAAAAAGCGAUCCUUUGAGGAUCUGCAAACUGAAGAUCCCGCCGCCGGCGUAGAGAACGGAGGUCCUCCCUUACCAAAGAAGGGGCUACAUAAGAGAAUGAGGUCGAGAGAAAUCUCCGGCGAUGAUCCUGUCCAAGGACUGGAGAAGCUGGAGGAUAUUGCAAGUCCAGUUCAGGAGGAGAGCGAUACGGAUGCACAAAAAUCUCCUGGUGGACCGGGAGUCUUGGUCGCGGCACCGCAGAAGGAAGAAGAGGACAGUGCAGCUGACGACACUAACACCAAGGAUACAAAAGUCGGAUCAGAUCAUGAAACCGAUGGUAGCGCCGUGGCUGCGAAGGAUGAGACUUCCAGCACUACGAAGACCACCACCACAUCUGAGGAACCACAGUCCAAGCCAGCAGUCCCCCCGUCAUCCGGGUUUGCCAACUUUGCCGCUGCAUCCCCGUUCAGCAAUUUCAAACCAACCCAAUCGCCAGCUAAGGAGACGGCGACCUUUUCAUCAACGGGAAAAUCCACCUCCACCUCGGCAUUCGCUUCAUCUGGCCUGUCAGCCUUCGCUUCGUCGGAAAAGUCACCAUUUGGCACGGUUGGGUCCACAGCCAAAUCCUCGGGAGGCUUUGGCGGAGUAAGUGGAGGGCAGAGUGCUUUUGGGUCGUCUUCCGCCGGCCUUGGGGGCGCCUCACCUUUUGCAACCAAGCCCGUAUCUGGGUUCGGCUCCGCCGGCGGCUUUGGUUCUGCCAGCGUUUUUGGAAGUGGAGGAUCUGGAUUCGGAGCCCCAAAACCCUUUGGUGGCGGGUUGUCGUCCUUUGCAGGUCCAGCCGGAGCGGCCAGCUCAUUCGGUAAAGCAAAGCCAUUCGGAACCGCGAACCAGGAUGAGGAAGAAGGAAGUGAAGAUGGUGGAGACGAUGAGGAGAAGAAAGAAGGCGACGAAGAUGCACAACAAGAUCCCCGGUUCAAGCAGCAAGAGGUGGAAACGGGUGAAGAAGGAGAGCAAACCAUCUAUCAAUGCCGAGCGAAGUUGUACCACUUUGACAAGGAGUGGAAGGAACGUGGGGUUGGAGUGUUCAAGGUCAACAUCCGUUACGAAAGCAAGGCGAUUGGCGACGAGGCCGACAGCAACAGUGAUAGCGAGGAUUCCGAGGACGAAGCCAAGGAAAAGGAAGAAGGGGAUGUUGAGGCCGGUGGCCAGUCGGCAUUUUCUCCGGUCGAGCGGAGAGCUCGUCUGAUCAUGCGCACGGAUGGAGUGCAUCGAGUGGUUCUCAACACCCCUGUUUUCAAGGACAUGAACGUCGGCACCUCUGAUGGUAAAGAACCGAGUGGGAAGACGAUGCUUUUCACAGGACUGGAGGAGGGAAACCCGUCACUUUUCCAGAUCAAGGUUGGCAAAGAGGAUGCGGUCAAAGAGAUCUACUACAAGAUCCGAGAAUUGAUUGACGACUUGUAG